CAACUCCCUUCCCUCUUACUCACAUUUGCUCUGUCCCGUUCACACCUGUACAUGCACAUAUACAUAUAGAGAGAAACAGGCAGAGCAGAAGAGAAGAUCAAACAAAGCCACACCUCACAAUCACAAGUCUGAGAAAGACCCAGGUGAAAACUUUACCAAAAACUAAGCAAAGAUUGCAUUUCAACGCUGAUGAAUAUAAUGGCAAGAAGAAGUUUGACUUCAAUGAUUUUCACGGUACUGUGCAUAAUCGCAUCUCUGCUGAUUUCCCAAGUUUCGGCUGGAGGCGAAGUCGCUGCGGCAGCGGCGGAUGUGGGGUGGCUGAUGCCGAUGAUGAUAUCUGGUUGCAAAGGAACCAUAGCCGAGUGCCUUGGGGAUACCGACGAGGAGGAGGAGUUCGAGCUUGAUUCGGAGUCGAAUCGGCGUAUCUUAGCCACUCGCCGGUACAUUAGCUACGGUGCUCUCCAGAAGAAUAGAGUCCCCUGCUCCCGCCGCGGCGCCUCCUACUACAACUGCCGUCCUGGUGCUCAGGCCAAUCCCUACACCCGUGGUUGCAGUGCCAUCACUCGUUGCAGGAGCUGAGAUUUCUACAGUAUUACUACUAUUCCUCUAUUACUUGGAAAAUUAUCAGUUUUUAAAUUUUUUUUUCUUUUUUGAGAUUGGGUGUUUGAUGAAUUAUUGUGGUUAUUAUAUACGUAUUGUUUUUAAUACAAGUCAUGUAAUUUUUGUGAAUACUAAUUCAUUAUAUAUCAUGUUUGCUGUAUUGUUGAGUAUUUUGA